AUGGCAAGUUUGCCCAUUUUGCGAGAUUUUUGGAGAUUUUCUUUUCGCUGCUUUGAUUGCAAGAAGAGCAAUUGUUUGACCCUGGCGAUCACGCAGACAGAUUUCUUCAACAACUACCUCCGGAUUACCUGUGAUGAAUGCAAUGCUUCAAAGAGCACCUGGCUUCUUCACCAAAAAUUCAAUGCUGCUUUCCACGGCGGUCUCACUAUGGCAGGCAUCACAAAACCUCAAGCUCAACGCGCUUUCUGUUUCGGCGGAUUCUCAGUAACAACAACAUCUGGACAAGCUUGCGUGCCCGAUUUCGUACAAGGUGGCAAAGCAUCCUCAAAAUUUCAAAAAAUCGUCGACAACAUCAUCCUCAACCUUGCAUCAGAGUCCAUGCUGAAUUUCCGAAAAUCUCUUGUGGCCGAGCGUCGUAUCCAGUAUCCAAAACAAGUCGAUGUCAGCUUUGAUGGCACUUAUAACGACACAGGCCACAAGAAGAACAGCGCCCAGGGCUGCAUCGUUUCCUGUGUAGCAAAAGUCAGAGGUGACUACAAAAUCAUCGGCCAGGAGGUCGUCAAAAAACGCCAGGAAUAUUCAGAGGAGCAGCUUCAGAAGCACAGUCGCGGAACAAUCGCACCAAAGGGAACAUGCUCAUCGACUUUGGAAACCAUUGGAACAAGAGAAAUCUACGAAAAAACUCUUCUUCCGAUUCACCAGGAGCUACCAAAUCACAUGAUCAACAUCUGCUGCGACGGUGACGCGAAAAUUCGAGACCCAAAGAACACGAAUGUCUUCAAAGAUCCGGAGAAAGAAGAUGAAGAGAUGAUUCCGCAAGAAAAAAUCAUUUACAGCAAAGACGUUGCUCAUGUUCUGAAAAACCUAUGGGGAACCUGUGGUCGAAACUUAGAAGCUGGCUCAUCGAGAUCAAAAUUUACUAAAAAUCAGAAGCUCGAAGUUCAUCAAAGAUUGCGCUGUAUGUUCAAAGAAAUUAUGGACAAACGAAAAUCUGGCGAAUGGUCACAUGAAGAUGCUAUGAAAAAGGUGAAGAAAACGAUUCAUCACGCUUGCGGCGAUCACAGAUAUUGUGACGAAAAUUGCCCUCGAAAGCCAGGAAUAAUUCAACCACAUGGUGAUCUUUCACAAGAAGACUGCAUUCGAAAACUCCAGGAAUUCAUGGACAAGAACUUCCCAGAAAGCUUCAUCAAAGAGCUCUCGAAUACCGGAACGACUUCUCCAGUAGAGUACUACCAUGCUGAAAUCAUUCGCAGAAGACUACAUGUCAAAGGAACAUUUGCUAGCCCGAUCAACAUGCGAUAUGAGAAACCUGGAUUGUAUGCCUCUCAAGUCGACAGAGAUAUUGAGAAUUCUCGAAAGAAUCAUUCAGUCGAAGCCGAAACCACAGACGAUGAUUUUCCUUCCUAUGAAGAGUUUCUUGAAAACGAAGGAGAACAAAAUUCAAUCGACGAAGAGAUCGAAGAAUAA